UAGCCAGUCCUCAUGUAGCUAACAUUAGCCAGUCCUCAUGUAGCUAACAUUAGCUAGUCAUCAUGUAGCUACCAUUAGCUAGUCAUCAUGUAGCUAACAUUAGCUGCCUCCAGCAGCAGCUCUCUGUUAGCUCCUGGUAAAACCUGUUAAGGUUUUUGCCUUUAGCUGGUUUGAUUCUAACACAUAUUAUAUUUCCAUAAAAAACUCGGCUGAUUUCUCCUGACAUGUAAAACUCAACGGAGGGAGAGACUCAGAAUCACUCAAAAUAUUACUUUUAUUUCACAACAAUAAAUCAAAAAUAAUCAAGUGGUCAGUAAUUUUUUUGCAUUUUGUAAAUUAAUAAUUUAUCUUUUUCRUCCUGUGUGAUUAUUUACCCACUUUCAGGUUUCCAUGUUUUAGAUAAUAACAUCAGACAAAUAAACCCAGAGCCGUCUAACCAGAACCAUUUCACCAGAACCAGAACCCAUCUGACAGCGCAGGUCUGGACCCGGUUCUGGUUCUGGUCAGAGAACCAGGGAGAACCUUCCAACAGAAGGUUCUGUGGUCCGGUGAGUCCAGUCCCGUUUCAUCUGCAGUGAAACCAAACGGUCAUACAUGGUGGUGGCAGUGACAUGCUGCGGGCUGGACGACCUUCACCUUGUGACUUUCAGGUCACUUUUUAUGAGCAGAUCCACCACUGACUGUCUAAAAACGGCCUAGUUAAAGCCUGGAAAAUGUGUCUGAUAGAAAUGAAUUAAUCAGAGCGAGUCAAAGUUCAUCGAUGGACAUGAGAGGCUUCAGUGUCGUUACUUUUCACACAACGUAGAGACUUUGUGUCCCCAACAAAUGAAAUCGGUUUGAAAUCGGUUUCUUCAGGUUGUCUCGUCUGAUUUGAUUUAAAUGUUAUUACAGAUAAAUGAAUAAAACACUACACAGCAUCUGGUUUCUAUUGGUGUUUUUAACAAGAGGAAGUCCUUUUCAGGUUAACUCGUGACGUCGCAGUUCGUAACCACGCCCCUUCAAAACACCAAAACCAAUAUGGCGGACGGCUCUGGAUGUUCCUGGAGUUUUGGCGCUGCCAGGCCGCCAUAUUGGCCACAGUGGAUGUUUGUUUGUGUGUAAAAGGUUAUGAGCUGCCCGCUCCGGGCUACAGAACCUUCUCCGGUCGAACCUGGCCGGGUAAUCCUUGAUCUUCUGAAAACCCGCAGCUCACGUUGGUUCCUCCAGAAAAAUUCUCAUCAACCAAUCAAAGGCAGAGCUGUCUGAUGGGCCGUGACGUCAGACCCCAGAGAGCCAAUCCCCUGCUCUGAUACAAACUAUGAGGACGAAGGCCCGCCCACUGCGUGUCGAACUGCAGCGCGCGUGAAGAAGAAAGAGUAGAACCGUCCGAAUCGGUUCGGUCCGACAGCCGAAGCGACGCUCCAGCUGCAGCAACAUGGACACUGAGCUGUUUAUGGAGUGUGAGGAGGAGGAACUGGAACCGUGGCAACAGGUGGACGACAGCGUGGAGGAAGACGACAUGGAGUACACGGACAACUACGGAGAGCCAGUGGAGGAUUCUUCGCCCUGUGAGACUCCGCCCCCCAGAUCUCCCCUGCCCAGCACACCUGUCCCAGCAGGUGCACCGCCCUUCGUCUCCUCGGCCCCUCUCCCACCUCUCUCCGUCUCCACCUCCAAGCCCGCCGCCUUGGCCACGCCCCUCAGGGCUCAGGCUCCGCCCCUCAUCCUGACGCAGACCGCCAGUGGAACGUUCCUCCUGCCGGCCGGCGCCACCCAGCCCAUCCUCCUCACCGCGCAGGGCUUCCAGGUUCCCACGGUGAUGACUCCCGGCGCGCCGCUGGUUCUCAACCUGCAGCCCAACCUGCAGACGGUCCAGCUGUUCCAGUCGCCACCUCUGGGCCAGCUGGUCCGACCCGCUGUGACCCUGUCCACCAUGCUGUCUCAGAACCAGACCGGACCCGGUCCGGCCCACCCGGGAUCCGGCUUCACCACUCUGACCAUCAGAACCGGCGCUCCGGGAUCCGUCAACCUGCAGGUGGCGCCUGUGGGCGGCGCCGGCGCCCUGAAGCUGGCCAGUUCUCCGGGCCUGCGGCCCGCUUCCACCAACGGAGUCCUGAAGGCCACGCCCCUCAGUGCCGCCACAGCUCCAGGCCCCACCCAGCAUGUGGUUWCCACGGCGACCGCGCCCCCCCGGGUGGUGAUGAGUGUGGAGGAGUUUUACUACGGCAGGUUCAGCGGAGACGUCAGCCUGAGGAGGCCGCCGCCACCUGGAGCCGCCAUCUUCUCUUUCACCUGCAACAUCUGCUGCUUCAGGGCAGAGAGCAACCUCAGGUUGAUGCAGCACGUCCUGCACCACUCGGAGCUGGUCGUGGAGAGUAAAGAGCGCCAGUGCUGUCGGUUCUGCUACCGCCAGUUCUCGUCCCAGAGCCAGCUGAGGGACCACCAGGACCAGGUCCACGGCUCCUCCCAGUCCACCUGCCUGUGUCGGAUCUGUGAGUGGGCCUUCGACAGCGAGCCGGCCUUCCUGAACCACAUGAAGUCCAACCACAAGCCUGGCGAGAUGCCCUACGUCUGCCAGGUGUGCUCGUUCCGCUCGUCCUUCUACCCGGAUGUCGUGCAGCACUUCGCCACAUUCCACAGAGAGACGCCGUUCCUGCUCUGCGUCUUCUGCCUGAAGGUGAUGAAGAACCCCGGCAACUACCAGCAGCACCUGUUCAGGCACAAGCUGAGCCAGGCCUUCCAUUGCAACAGAUGYCGCCUUCAGUUCACCUUCCUCAAAGACAAGAUGCAGCACAAGGUGGAGAACCACCGCAGCUUCCGCCGGCCGCCGCAGCUGGAGGGGCUGCCACCGGGGUCAAAGGUGACGAUCCGGACCUAUGGGAAGGUCAGGCCUCCAAUGGCGUCAAGCUGCAUUUAUCAGCCCAACAGAAUCAAAACCGAGCCAAUGUUCCCGGUCCAGAAGAAUCCCCCGCUGUUCAAGGUUCCCAAGUCCCCUACCCGGAGGGGCCCGGGCCGCCGGGAGCCCGGCAGGUUCUGGUCGGCAGACCAGUUGGUGUGUCUGGAGUGCGGAACCGACGCUUCGGACCUGACGGCUCAUUACCCGACCUACGUCCACUGCCUGCUGUGUCCCUACAGCAGCUGCUGCUCCCGGGCCUACGCCGCCCACAUGAUCCACCACCACGUCCGCGGCUCCAGGGAUAAGUUGCUUCCUCUGCAGAAGGCUCCGCCCCCUUGCGCCUUCCUGCUGCGCUGCUCUGAAUGCGACUUCCUGCCUCAGACGGCAGAUCAGAUGGCCGAACACCUGCUGAGCAACCCGGAGCACGACGGCGCCACCUGCUGCUCCCGCGAGUACGUCGAGCCUGACAUCCUGCUGUGCCUCAGCGCAGAGCAGCGGUCUUCAGAGGAACCAGACCAGAACCAGGACUCAGCAGAACCGGCCUGGAAGCUGGCAGAGAGCUGGAAACGUCCGGAGGAGAGUCCUCGGACCGCGAUCCUGUCCUUCACCCAGCCCAGUGGGCCCAACCACUUCCUGUCCAAGAACAGCGACGCCAUCGACUUUUUCAGCCUGCUCUUCCCGCCGGCGCUCGUCGARCUCAUCGCCAAGGAGACCAACGCCCACGCCAAGGCGUGCCGCCUGCUGGGCUGCUGCCCGCCCGACUGGGUCCCCGUCACCGGUCAGGAGGUCAAAGGUUUCCUGGGCCUGGUGAUCCUGAUGGGCGUCCACAACCUGCCGGACCCGGCGCACUACUGGUCCUUCAACCACUUUGACAACAGCUACACCUUCCACCGCGCCAUGCCGCUGCGCCGCUUCCAGCAGAUAGCCGCCCACCUCCGCAUGGGCAGCUUCGUGGGCGAGCUCCACGGCCCGGGCUGCUCCGCCGACCCGCUGCACGCCUUCAGGCCUAUGCUGCGCCUCCUGGGCGACGCCAUGUGGGACGCCUACCGGCCCAACUGCUGCCUGGCUGUGGACCGGGCGCUGCUACCCAGCCUGGAGGGCGAGGAGCAUGGCAGGGAGCGAGGCGAGGAGCAUGGGAGGGAGCGAGGCGGCGAGGAGCAAGGCAGCGAGGAGCAAGGUGGCGAGGAGCGAGGCGAGGAGCAUGGGAGGGAGCGAGGCGGCGAGGAGCGAGGUGGUGAGGAGCGAGGCGGCGAGGAACGAGGUGGCGAGGAGCGAGGCUGCCAGGAGAAGCGAGGCUGCCAGGAGAAGCGAGGCUGCCAGGAGAAGCGGGGCGGGGGGGUCGGCGCCCAGCCUCAGGUCUGGCUGCUCUGCGACUCCAAGUCCGGCUACUGCCACCGCUUGUCCAUCCAGCUGGGGCAGCGGCGCGGGCCGGACCUAGGCUUCAGCGUGGUGCCGGAGCUGGUCAGGGACCUGGACAACAAGCACCACCAGCUGUUCCUGGCCAACUCGCUGGCCUCCGUGCCGCUCAUGCAGAUGCUGCUGAAGCAGAAYAUCUACGCCUGCAGCUCCUUCCCGCCGCCCAGCCCCAUCCUGCCCCGGCCACUGUGGGACGACGACGGCGAGCUGCGCAACCCGGGAGACUUCCUGCAGAGGCAGUGCGGCCCCCUGCUGGUCACCCGCUGGCGCGACAUCAAGGAGAUGGGUUGCCUGUCGACCAAUGCGGCGCCGGGCCAGCCAGACGCCGUCUGGAGGAGCAAGGCGGGCGGGCUGGUGACCAUCGAGCGGCCCAUGGCCUUCCGCCUGCUGCAGGAAAACAUGCGGGGCGUGGACAUCUGCAAGCAGCUGCUGGCCUGCAACCCGCUGGGAGGCGUGCCGCAGGACCGCCACUGGCGCAACUUGUUCUGGUUCCUGGUCAACCUCAGCGUGGUCAACGCCUUCAUCGUGCUGCGGGAGAGCCGCAAGGACAACCCGCCCGCCUGGGUGCAGGACGGCCUGUUCAGCCAGCUGGCCUUCCGCCGCCGGCUGGGCAACCAGCUGGCCCGCUGCGCCCAGAGGCACGGCGAGGCACCGGAGUCGCCAGGCCCCCGCGGAGCCCGGGCCGCCGCCGAGGAGCCCGUCCAGCAGCGGCACAAGAUGACGAAGAUUAGCAGCAUCUCCAAGCGCUGCAGGAACUGCAACAUGAAGAACCUGCGGCGUGAGAGCGUGUACGGCUGCACCGUCUGCGACGCCAACCUGUGCAAGCAGCCCAGCUGCUUCUGGGAGUUCCACGGCCUGCCGCCGCUCCACCGGGGGUCGACCAAGCUGGGCUUCCUGAAGGACAGACUCAGCGGAGACAUCGUCAUGGAUGAGGUCAGCGUGGACGAGACGUUCGGCCCGGUGGAGGACCUGGACUUUUCAGACGACGAGCCGCUGGACGAGCCGGAGAACGAGGAGGACAUGAACCCGACCGGAGCCGGUACAGAGUCCGGUUCGCCUGCAGAGUGCGGCGGCCAUGAUGCGACGCAGCCGCCCGCGGUGCGCUCCGGCCCGCUGUCGGUGCGGCAGCUCCGCAUCAUCCUGUUUGCGCUGUGCGAAGGUCUGCGGCAGGCGUCCCGCGUCUUCUCCACCGACCCGCAGCUGAUCCGCCGCUGGCUGCGGAUGCGGCCGGCUCAAGACGAGGAGCAGCAUGCGGACGGCGCGGCGCGCAUGGUGGCCUGGGUGCUGUCCAUGCGGGAGCAGCAGCUGCCGCUCACCGAGAGCAACCUGUUCAACAAGGCGUCCGUCCUGAAGAAGAAGAAGGCGUUCGGCGACGCCUUCCGCAUCUCCUACGACUGGGCCGUCGGCUUCCUGCUGCGCCACAGGCUGGGCGUCUGCAGGGCGGGUCGGGCCGCUGGCCUGGCCCGGGCGGCGCCGCCUCCGCUGCAGGCCCGAGUUCGCGCCUUCAGGGAGUUCACGCGGCGGCACCUGGCCGACCCGUUCCUGGCGGCGCUGAGCGCGGCCCGCAGCCUGCCGGCCGUCAUCCCCGCAGGAUGCUCCUUCUGCCUGCAGCCGCUGGACGUCUGCCUGAAGCCGGCGCUGCAGCGCUUCCUGCUGGCCCGCUGGGCCCGGUUCGCCGCCGGACCGGAACCAGAGUUGGACGACCCGACCCACAAGCCGCAGGACAACGUGACCCGGAUGCUGGUGGACUGGCUGCUGGACGCCAUGACGCAGCUGCGCCGCCUGCCGCACACCUUUAGGACGUCCUUCCAGCUGACCGGGCUUCUGCAGGACCAAACCGGGUCGGAACCACAGGACCAGCAGACAGAACUCACCAGAACCCUGACAUGCAUCCUGCUGGGUCCAGACGCAGCAGAAACAGAACCUGCUGAACUUCAGGAGGACGAAGACCAGGACGGGGACGGAGAGGAGACAUCCGAGGAGAAACUGAUGUCCAAAGUGGACGAGACGGAGGACAGGAAGGAGACGGAGGACAGGAAGGAGACGGAGGACAGGAAGGAGACGGAGGACAGGAAGGAGACAGAGGACAGGAAGGAGACGGAGGACUCUGCACAUGAGACUAGAGGAGGACCGGAGGACAUGGAGACAUUAGAGGACAGCGAGGAAGAGGAGGGACAGCAGAGACAGGAGGAGACGAAGGAGGCGAGCAGAGAGAGACGGGAGACGCGGAUCGAGAUCGGGGAGGAAGUCGGAGACGAGUGGAAGAUCCGGAGUGACGGCGCCAGAACCGAGGAAGACGGCUGAGGUUCUGACCCGAUUCUGACUCAGAUCGCCUGUGCUGCCCCCUGUGGCCGACAGAGGAACUGCUUCCGCCUGCUGGUCAGUUAGACCGGAACCAGAACCGGGCUCUGUCCGGAUCCGACGGGCAAAACCUUUUUAAUGGACCUUUAUUUAAAAUUUACUGAGGUUCCACAUCAGCCAAUCAGAGACCAGUUUCAGGGACAAAGGGGCGGGGCUUCAGCGUCCAUCAGACGGUCCAGGUGUCACACCUGAGGUUCUAAUGAACUGGACAAGAUGAAUGUUUACAGUCUGAGCUGCUCAGAUCAAAAUGGGUCAUCAGAACCACCAGAACCUUCAGAACCAGGUUUAGAUGAAUAAACAUGUUUCAGCGACAGACGAUUCUCCACCCGGCUGCAGCUACUUCCUGGUAGCAGGAGGCUACUUCCUGGUAGCAGGAGGCUACUUCCUGGUAGCAGGAGGCUACUUCCUGGUAGCAGGAGGCUACUUCCUGGUAGCAGGACGCUACUUCCUAGUAGCAGGACGCUACUUCCUGGUAGCAGGAGGUUACUUCCUGGUAGCAGGACGCUACAUCUUGGUAGCAGGACGCUACUUCCAAUCUGAAGCUGCUGAUCUGAUCAAUGAUAGGCUGGAA